CAUGAAUUGAAUGUGUGUUGCUAUGAGCAUGAAUUGAAUGCGUGUUGCUGUGAACAUGAAUUGAAUGAGUGUUGCUGUGAACAUGAAUUGAAUGCGUGUUGCUGUGAACAUGAAUUGAAUGCGUGUUGCUGUGAACAUGAAUUGAAUGCGUGUUGCUGUGAACAUGAAUUGAAUGCGUGUUGCUGUGAACAUGAAUUGAAUGCGUGUUGCUGUGAACAUGAAUUGAAUGCGUGUUGCUGUGAACAUGAAUUGAAUGCGUGUUGCUGUGAACAUGAAUUGAAUGCGUGUUGCUGUGAACAUGAAUUGAAUGCGUGUUGCUGUGAACAUGAAUUGAAUGCGUGUUGCUGUGAACAUGANCAUGUUGCUGUGAACAUGAAUUGA